AGGCCUGGGUGGGGCUCUGCUGGCUCUGGGUGCCGGGCCCCACCUCUUGCGGCUCUGCUCCUCUCUCUGGCCCUACCCCAGCCCCAGGUGGAGCCUUUGGGAUCCGGGUCAGCGGAACAGGUGUUUCUCUGGGCUCCCCAGAGCCUCAGGCCCAGGGUCUGAGCCUCUCUGAGACCCCUCCCUCUGGUGGGCCUCCACCCACGGCACCUGCCCCUACCCCUGCUGGCUGUCCUGAGCUCCUCCAGUUCCAUGGGCUCCAUUAGGCAACAAGUAUCGCUGCUGUGGGCUGGGCUUUGGGGGACCUGCUGAGCAACCCCCAGGCCCGCUGGGCAUGACCCCCGGUCUCAUACCUCGCUGCUGGGCCUCACUUCCGCCGCUGGGGUGCGGAGCGGAGCCGCCGAUAAGCAGCCCUGUUUCCUCUGGGGAAGGAAGGAAGGAAGGUUGGGGCCAAGGGCCGUGCUGAGCUCACGCUGCCGGAGGGCAGCUGAGAACUGAUGGACCCGAGCCAUGGCAGGCCAGGGGACAAGGAAGGUGGCUCAGGGGCCGGACCCCCAGGAGGCCUGCCGCAGGAACAGAUCGAGCCUUCAUCCCACCACUUGUUGCCUGAGGAGCGGGCCCUGCUCUACGAGGAAGCUCUCUACACCGUCCUGUACCGGCUGGGGCAGCCGGAGCCCAACCAUGUGGGGGAGUCCUCCGAGCUGCUGCGGUACCUGCAGGAGGCCUUCCGCAUGGAGCCCGAGGAGCAUCAGCAGAUGCUAAAGCGCGUCCAGCAGCUGGAGAAACCAGUCUUUUGUCUGAAAGCAACGGUGAAACAAGCUAAGGGUAUCCUGGGCAAGGAUGUCAGCGGGUUCAGUGACCCCUACUGCCUGCUGGGCAUCGAGCAGGGGAUGACGGUGUCCGGGGGCAGCCCAGGCCUCCGGCGCCGGCAGAAGGCCGUGGUGAGGCACACCAUCCCCGAAGAGCAGACGCACCGCACCCAGGUCAUCACCCAGACCCUCAACCCUGUGUGGGACGAGACGUUCAUCCUAGAGUUUGAGGACAUAAGCAACGCCAGCUUUCAUCUGGACAUGUGGGACAUGGACGCCGUGGAGUCCGUCAGACAGAAGCUCGGGGAGCUCACAGACCUGCAUGGGCUGCGAAGGAUAUUUAAGGAGGCCCGGAAGGAAAAAGGCCAGGACGACUUCCUGGGGAACGUAGUUCUCAGACUACAGGACCUGCGCUGCCGGGAGGAUCACUGGUACCCCCUGGAGCCCUGCACGGACACCUACCCGGACCGCGGCCAGUGUCACCUCCAGUUCCAGUUUAUCCACAAGCGGAGAGCCACCAAGGCCAGCCGCUCCCAGCCCAGCUACACAGUCCACCUCCACCUCCUGCAGCAGCUGGUGUCCCAUGAGGUCACCCAGCACCAGGCUGGCAGCACCUCCUGGGACGGGUCAUUGAGCUCCCAGGCGGCCACCAUUCUCUUCCUCCAUGCCACGCAGAAGGACCUGUCGGACUUCCACCGGUCCCUGGCGCAGUGGCUGGCCUACAGCCGUCUCUACCAGAGCUUGGAGUUCCCUAGCAGCUGCCUCCUGUUCCCCAUCACCAGCAUCGAGUACCAGUGGAUCCAGGGCCGGCUCAAGGCCGAGCAGCUGGAGGAGCUGGCCACCUCGUUUAGCUCCCUGCUGGCCUAUGGCCUCUCCCUCAUCCGGAGGUUCCGGUCUGUCUUCCCUCUCUCGGUGCCUGACUCCCCAGCCCGGCUGCAGUCCCUUCUCAGGGUCCUGGUACAGAUGUGCAAGAUGAAGGCCUUUGGGGAACUGUGCCCAGACAGCGCUCCCCUGCCCAGCCUGGUGACUGAGGCACUGCGGGCUGGCACCGUGGGAUGGUUCCACCUGAAGCAGCAGCACCAUCAGCCCAUGGUGCAGGGGCUGCUGGAGAUGGGCAAGGCGUUACUGAGCCUGGUACAGGACAUCAUUGGGGACCUGCACCAGUGCCAGCGCACGUGGAACAAGAUCUUCCAUAACGUGCUCAAGAUCGACCUCUUCUCCAUGGCUUUCCUGGAGCUGCAGUGGCUGGUGGCCAAGCGGGUGCAAGACUACAUCGCGAUGGUGGGCGGCUCGGUGACCCCGGAGUUGGGCGAGAGCCUGUUCCAGCUCUACGUCAGCCUCAAGGAGCUCUACCAGCUGGGCCCGCACCCCUCGGAGAGGGAUGGUGUCCUGGCCCUGGAAGGCUUCCACCGCUGGUUCCAGCCGGCCAUCCCGUCCUGGCUGCAGAAAACCUACAGUGUAGCCCUGGCGCGCGUGCAGCGCGCUGUACAGAUGGACCAGCUGGUGCCCCUGGGGGAACUGACCAAGCAUAGCACCUCCGCUGUGGAUCUGUCCACCUGCUUCGCCCAGAUCAGCCACACCGCCCGGCAGCUGAACUGGCCUGACCCGGAGGAGGCCUUCAUGAUCACUGUCAAGUUUGUGGAGGACACCUGUCGGCUGGCCCUGGUGUACUGCAGCCUUAUAAAGGCCCGUGCCCAGGAGCUCUCUGCAGGCCAGAAGGACCAAGGCCAGGCGGCUAACAUGCUGUGCGUGGUGGUGAAUGACAUGGAGCAGCUGCGGCUGGUGAUCGGCAAGCUGCCCACCCAGCUGGCAUGGGAGGCGCUGGAGCAGCGGGUGGGGGCUGUGCUGGAGCAGGAGCAGCUGCAGAACACGCUGCAUGCCCAGCUGCAGGGCGCCCUGGCUGGGCUGGGCCAUGAGAUCCGAACUGGCGUCCGCACCUUGGCCAAGCAGCUGGAGGCGGGCAUUGCCAAGCACAUCCAGAAACUUGUGGGCAUCAGGGAGUCCGUCCUGCCUGAAGACGCCAUUCUGCCUCUGAUGAAGUUCCUGGAGGUGAAGCUCUGCUACAUGAACACCAACUUGGUGCAGGAGAACUUCAGCAGCCUCCUGAGUCUGCUCUGGACACACACGCUCUCGGUGCUGGCGGAGGUGGCUGCCUCCCAGCGGAGCUGCCCCCUGGCCUGUAGCAGGCUGAAGUUUGCACUACAGAACCUGGAGAUCUGCUUCUACGCAGAGGGCUGUGGCCUGCCGCCCGAGGCCCUGCACACCGCCACCUUUCAGGCUCUGCAGAGGGACCUGGAGCUGCAGGCGGCCUCCAGUCGGGAGCUCGUCAGCAAGUACUUCUGCUGCCGCCUCGAGCAGCAGGCAGCAACCACCUCCGAGGAGCUCGGGGCCGUCACCGUCAAGGCCUCCUACCGCCCCUCCGAGCAGAAGCUGCGUGUGGAGCUGCUCAGCGCCUCCAACCUACUGCCCCUGGACUCCAAUGGCUCCAGCGACCCCUUUGUCCAGCUGACCUUGGAACCCAGGCAUGAGUUCCCUGAGCUGGCCCCCCGGGAGACCCAAAAGCACAAGAAGGACCUUCACCCACUGUUUGAUGAGACCUUUGAAUUCCUGGUGCCUGCUGAGCCAUUGCAGAAGGACGGGGCGUGCCUCCUGCUCACGGUGCUGGACCACGACAGGCUGGGGACUGAUGACCUGGAGGGGGAGGCCUUCCUGCCGCUGCGCUCCGUGCCCGGCCUGACAGGGAUGGAGGAACCUGGCGAAGUGCCUCAGACCCGCCUGCCCCUCACCUACCCUGCACCCAACGGGGAUCUGAUCCUGCAGCUGCUGGAGAGCCGGAAGGGUGACCGAGAGGCCCAGGCGUUUGUGCGGCUGCGGCGGCAGCGAGCCAAGCAGGCCUCCCACCAGCACAGCCUGCAGCCAGGGCGGUAGUGGUAGUGGUGGAGGCUCAGUCCCUGGGGUGGGGGGGGCCAAUCUGGGUUCUCCCGCCGCAGGGCAACCCUCCCGCCUGGCCUAACACCCCAAAAGGGCCCUUCGGGUGUGCGGAGCCCCAGCGUGUGGGGGCUCCUGCUGCCAGAGCUGGGCGCCCACAGUGAUGGGAGCCCGGUUCACAGUAUUUAUACUCCCUCCCACCUCCUUUUGGUCCUGGCCUCAGCAUUACGUGCAAGCCCCGUCCCAGGGGUGGGGGGACAGCGGUCUGCUUCCCUCACCCCUGCCCCCCUCUUGGGGAGAAGUUACUUUGGCAGAGCAGGGUCUCAGCCCCCGUGUCCUGUUUUAGCCGCUGGGGUGGGGGCCAGGCUCCUGGGGCCUAUUCUUCAGCACCUGUGAUGGAGGGAACCUGGGUCCCCUCCUGAGGGGCCUGCCAGCACCCAAGCUGACAAGCCGGGAGCCAGGGACCUUCUGGCUCAGAAGGGUGAGAACUGGUAGGCCGUGGGGACAGUUUGGCAUGUCUGCUGAGGACCACUCUGCUGAGGACAGUGCCUACUACCUAGAAACUGUCUUAGCAAAAAUAAAACAAACUAACAAUC